CAGUUAGUAUUGCAAUGAUUGGAGUGUUAAAAAACCCCAAAGAUAGCUGCAUGUUCUUGUGCUCUCUGAAAUCAGGUCAUUCUUAAGUGAUAGCGUAUGUGUAAUAAAUUAGCAUGAUGCGGGAUAAAAACAACUGGAUGAAGUAUUGAUGUUUAAAAUUGAUCUGUACUUUAUGAAAACUGCCUUUACAUUCAGAAGUGCACGUUUGAAAGAGCUGUGGAUUAUAUACACGCGCAGAUGGAAAAUAAGUGUGAAGAAAUAACAGGGAAUAAACAAUUACUAUCUCGCAGUAAAGAUAAUAGAUGAAAAAAGGAGUCAAUUUUAGUUUUCUUAAACGAUGUUUGGUCGUUGGUAUUAGAUUUCAGCGAGUUCUGGUGUGUUUUGGAUGAGCAGGAAAAAAACAUUUGAAAAUAAGAAGGAUUUGUUUCAAAUCAUAAGGGUGUAAUUAUAUAUAAUUUGAUUCCGUGAUGUGGAUGUAAUAUGGUCUUAAAUACUUGCAUUGCAUACAAAGGCGCAAUAUUCGUUAUAUAAUUUAAACUUGCAUCAAGUGGACAGGUACUGAUGAAAUAUCAUGCCUUAUAUUAACCAGCGGGUUUAUUGUACUGAGGAUACGCGUACGUGAGCCAGUUCAUACAACGCGCAAACAAAAUAAACAAACGAGGUGACUAAGAUAUAAAGAUUCAAGUGACAUACAUCAUCGCAACCUGCAGAGGAAAAUAUAUGUUACUACGGCACUAAAUGUAUAAAAUGUAAUACUUGCACAAUAAAUUAUAUUCAGAAUAAAGAAGUUUAUGGAAAAAACCUCGAUAGAGUUAUUUACGUAAUUAAGGUCCAGAUACUAGGUAUAAAAUCGUAUUCAUUACGAAAAAGUAUAACCACGGAUUUCGUGCUGGCAAAUGCAGGUGGUGACAGAAUUGUAUAUACAAUACGGACGCGAUGAAAUAACUGAUUAGAAAUACCAUGCCGGAAAGGGACAUUGAGGCUGAGAAGCCCCUGCAAAAGGGCGCCCGCGAGCCGCGGGGACGGCGGUGCAAUAUGGGUGGUGUGGAUUUCCGGUGGGUGGCGGCGUGCGUCUCUCUGACCCUGAUUGGCGUUGCUAUAGGCUAUUGGGUGGUCAAGCCUAUAGGGGCGGGAGUACCGCCCAUUUGUCAUUGUGAGAAUCUACGCUUCUGUGAGCGGGUUACGGAUACAACGAGAAAAGAGGUGUUCAUGUUUUCAUUGCGGGCGACUGCGACAGACUGGCAGCACUAUGAUUGGACCAAAGUGACCACGGUUGUAAUGGUCGGGUAUCUAGACAUGGGGCUUGUCUGUCUCGCCCAUGAACAUGGUGCUCGGGCUGUUAUCAUUGGCGACGUGUCGGCGGACGUGUUUGUGAGUCCGGACAAGCGGAAGUCAUGGAUCGCCAAGCAGCUCGAUGUCGUGGACCGCCACUUCCUGGACGGCCUUAAUUUCGACUUCGAGAACCCCAUUCUUCCGAGCCAGUUUGACCUGAGGGACGGAUAUACCGCCCUCGUGCGGGAGACGCGCGCGGCCCUCGUGGAGAAGUUCCCAUUUGCCAUGGUUUCCGUGGACGUGGCAUGGGGCGUCCAGGGCGUUGAUGAGAGAAACUAUGACUACCAGGGGCUGGCGGCGGCGGCCGACUUCCUGUUCGUUAUGGCAUACGACAUGCAGAGUCAGGUCCGGGGGUCCUGUGUCGCCGGGCCCAACAGUCCCUUCCCAAGUGUCAUGGAAGGUGUACAAAGCUAUCUGAAUGCCAGUAUCUCCCCCGACAGGCUGGUUCUGGGUCUACCCUGGUACGGCUACAACUACUCUUGCCUCGCCUUGUCCACGGAAAACGUGUGUUCCAUCCGCGCCAUCCCGUUCCGGGGCGUGUAUUGUAGCGACGCGGCCGGUAAUGAGAUCAACUUCAAUAUCAUUUCCAGUCUGCUCGAGUCUUCCACUUCCGGACGACUCUGGGACGAAGAGUCACAGACGCCAUACUUUAACUAUGAGAUGCACGGCGAGUCUCUGCAGGUCCGAUAUGAUGACCCAAAGAGCCUCACAGUGAAAUAUCAGUACGCGAUAGACGCGGGGCUGCGGGGUGUUGGGGUGUGGAACACGGAGGCACUGGCGUACAGCUCCCAAGUGCCGCGCGACAUCUGGGACGUCCACGAAAUGUGGGCCGCGCUGCCUGACUUCCACGAGAAUCAGCCUCACAACCACCGGAAACAAUCGACAAGGCACGUAGGGCGUGAUUAGGCACAAGUGGUGGACAUACGAACGGAAAGUAGAUCCGGGAUUGACUGUAAUCGUAGAUUGGUGACUCAUUAAUUGAACAUGGUGACAAUGAUCGUGGAUUAUUUGGUGCUGCUCCCGAUAUCAGGGGAGAUUGCGGGUACAUUCGGAGCUCCUCGGCCAUUUUUAUCGAAAAAACCCUCGGAUGCAUCUGGACGGUUAACAUACUCAGAAAGCGGUACGUUUAAGUCCGCUGCAAGUAGAUCGCGUAGUAAUUUUAUUUAGAAGUUAAACUUCAUGACUCAACUCUUGGGAAUCUUAAUCAUGUUUGAAAUGAUACACUUCACUGGCAAUGAAUGUAAACUUAGAUCAAUAGAUACAACUCUAAAGCUCUAUAUUCAAUUUAUGAUAUAAUUAAAAAAUACGAACUACUUCAACUGAUAUACCGGCAUACAUCCGAGGUUGUUUUCGAUAAAAAUGACCGAGGAGCUCCGAAUGUUGUUGAUACUGAUGAAACAAUGGGUCGUGGCAUUGGCUUUUACCAUAUUCUGGAAUAAUAGUACACUUACGGUGAUAUACAGGCGACAAUUUGGAUCUAGGACUUAAUUAUCUCUAAGUCGUGGCUACGACAUACUAAUAAUUUUUCGGUUUCCGAUUAGAUCCGUUGCCAGGUAACGAGGCUUGAGUUAGUAAGUCGUUGUCACAAGAUAAGGAAGACGUUAUUAUGACGUAGUCAUGAAAUACCAUAUGUAACCUCUAUGUUACUGUAUUCUACAUUUGUCAUGGUAACAUAUUUGAAUAUUUUGUUCGAAACUAUUAGUAUGACACCAAUAUACUUACAUUCCAACACGCUGUUAGUGUAACAUUCAUGGAAAUUAGUCAUUUGGAUGAGCAAGCCCAAGUGCUGACACUGGUGCUUGGGAUCACUUUUUUCAACAAGCCCUGCUGUAUAAAAUAAAGAAUAUAAGCAAGCCCCUAAGCAUUUAACCAAUGCAGGGCUUGUGACUUGUGGGUUGUGCUAAUUUUGACCACUGAACUGUGCAUUUUAUGUAUUUAUUCUACGUGUUACGGUGCUAUUCAUUUGGAAUAUACCAAAGAUUAAUAUAAAAGCGGAGGCAUUCAUUUCGCAAAAUUCAUUAAGAUUUGUAAUAAUAUAUACUAUGCAUUAUAAUUAAUGUAUCUAUUUACAUGUAUAAAUUGCUCAAGACAGAAUUGUUUGCGCAAUCAUUGUUUAGGGUUGUCAAUGACAUUUACACCUCGCUGGGUGCACCCAUCCUCCCCGGUCCCAUCUGUAAACUCAAUAUAUAAUUGUGCACAUUUGACACUCAUGUUAUGUUUGUCUAAGUUUCGGUGCGCUCUCGUCCACCAAAAAUCAAAUUUGCCAAUGCGAGUCAUAUCAUGCAAUUGUGUUGUCGUUAAAAAUAUAUCUGCAAUUGUGUUGUCGUUAAAAUAAUCUGGGAUACCAACAUGAUGAGUCCAGCCUAUAAACUGGAAAACCCAGACCAUAUGUUUCAUCAGAAAAAGUUCAGUUCAUGCGAGGAGGCGGAGAAGGAUAGACGACAGUGUCCAGCAUGAGUAAGUUCUAUUUAUUUUCAAUUGCCGACUGUCCAGACCUCGGCCCGCUUGAACAUGGAAAAUACAAAAAUGUUUCUAAUUAUCGUCACGGAAAUACCGUUACGUUUACGUGUGAUGAGGGAUACCGGCUGGUCGGCAUGAACACGUCAACGUGCGGGGACUUCAAGACAUGGUCCUCUCCUGUGCCCGUAUGUAAAGAGGUUAAAGUGUGCAUUUCCGCCGGCUGGCGGAAUGCAACGAUCGUACUGGCAUCUUUCAUCGUUAUCCUUCUGAUUCAUCAGAUCCUGUACUAUAUCGUUCGUCUGCGCAUGCGACAUUCUCCGAAGGAUGAAGAACGUGCGGUCAAUGGGGCGGCCUUCAACGCCGACAAAAGUGUGGUCAGUUUGGUAGUUGAACAAAAAGAAACGGAUACAAGAAGUAACUCUUUGAAAUCAAAUCGUAGCGGAGAUUCUGGGAUUGAGAUCAGCCGCGAAAGCCGAACUGUUAGUGAAGAAAGAGGUGGUGACACAGGAAGGGUCCUUGACACGGAGCGCGAUACCUUAUCUGGAAGAGACACACACGGACCUCUCAGAAGAGGAGCCGCAAGGGAACCAAACAUAGAUCAGAACGGCGGGAUAGAGAGUGCUCCUUCAACGAAGCGCGCCGAAAGGGAACCCAAUAUGGAGUCCAACGCGCCCACAAAAAGCUGUGACACAGGCGAAAGUUCCACAGGCAAAAGUCCCGCAGGCGAACGUCCCACAGGAAAUGCGAAUGCCUCCCUCGGUGAUAACGCUACGGAUCCACACAAUUCCGAGAGGGACCCAUUGCUUACCAGCUACCAGCAAUGACAUUGCUUUACAAUUAUUUUCAAUCAAUCAAAGUUGUGUGUAUUCGUUUUAUUUUAUUCCUCUUGCAGUGCCAUAUUUGAUUCUUUUUGAAAUAUCAGUUUGCUGUGAUCAUAUAUUGGUCAUGGAUACCCAGUUUUUUAUUCAGCACUUAAGUCAUUUUUUUUCUCAUAUUGAAAAGGUUUGAUUGUUGAACUCCCAUUUAAGUCUACACAUUUUGUUCAAAGUCAGCCUUCUAUUAAGAAUUUGAAACUGGAUGUAUGAACUUCAUGUCCAUCCAUAUUGGACGUUUUUCACUGAAAUUUGGAAGCUUAAAUCCCCGGAAUACAAUUACUUUUUCCACUGUAUUUCAACUUGCAUGUUAAAAAUCAGAUAAAUUGAAACUAAAAUUUUCCAAAUUCACAGAUUUUGAUUAUAAUAAUGCAUUUUCUUUAAGAGUGAUUGAAAUUGUGACCAUAAAAGUAAUAUUGACAUUUGAUAUUUUUGAACUUCCAAGCUUUCAACUUUGGAACUUUUCUUAAAAAAAAUAUGGAAGUGUUUGUACUUUCAAGGGAUCAAUUUCGGACGUUUUUACCCAUUUCUAGGGAGUAAUAUACUUCCAAACUUCCUUUAACGGAAGCCCUGCAAAGCUAUCUGUGAUCAAAAAUAUGUAUGUGAUAUUUUUGCUCAAUAUGUUCAACACACAUUUUAAAUUAGCAUUUUUAGUUCGUGUUGUGUAAUUGUUUGUUUUGUUGUUUUUAUAUUGUUUUACUUUAAUUAUUUAUUUCAUUAAACCAAAAUUCAUGUUUA